GAACCCCCCACUGCUUCUUCUCGUACCCUGCAACAGUUCAAUGCUCUUUCGUCGAUUCGAUCCCGAGCUGGGCCAGCUGGUUAGACCAAACAAACGCACGACACCACUGAUUAACCCGAGAUAAUUAGCGUCGGAGCAAGACCUGCAUGCCCGCCGAUACCUAAUGGACUCGUCGAGUGAGGAGGACGACGUGUCCAGCGGUGGCGGCGGCGAUGCCGACGAGUGUCCGGCGAAGAAGGCGCGCGUCGGCGAUGCCAUCAGCGUGGGUCGCGCGCGCGACGAAGAGCUCAAGUACUGGCAGACAGAACAGCUGGCGCGCGGCAUCCUGGACAACACGCUGAACACGAUGCUCGAGCACUCGGGCCAGGCGCCGGACAACCCGGUGAACGAAGUGGCCGUUGAGCACGAGGCCGUGCUGAUGGCCAUCCAGAGCCACGGCCUGCAGCACUUCCAGCGGCCAGACGAGCGCGAGCCGAGCCCCUCGCUGGCCUACCAUGUUCCCUCAAGUUCCUCGUCCAGUGGUGAUACAGCUUGUCUCGAGCACGACUCGUUUUUGGACGCGGCCGUCGCGGUGGCCAUCCAGAAAAAGGGCCUCGGGGUCUUCACCUCGGCCAACAGUGUCUGACGGGGGAUGCUAGGGGUUUUCUCGCGCGAAUGCUGGUGAAGUUCUUUGGUGGAAAAAUAAUAUAUGUACUUCGCGAAACUAAAUGCUAGUAAAAUUCAGGUGUGAUACAAUUUCAUCAGAUAGACAGAAUGUCUUGAUUGGCUAUUUAGACAGUUAACACGCUGGUGUGGCUCUCUAAUUGACUGAUUUGGAUUUUUCAUAUAUAUCGUAUGAAAGAGUUUAAAGCCUAGAAUCGACUCCAACGGGAUUGGAUUUCAAUGUAGAAGUACACAGUUGCCCGUGAAGGGUGUCAAUUCGUUCUAAACGACGUCUCUGCCUGCUUUUUUUCUAAAUCGUCGCAAAUUUAAAUUUGAAAUAAACAGCGCGUACAAAUGAACAGCUUGAGGAAAUUUUCUUGUGAUUUUUAAUUUUGGACGUCGUUUGAUUUUAGUUGCCCCUUCCCCGAUUUUAAUACACUGCCAGUAAUUGGAAAUAAAUUUCUCACCUUUUACUCGCAGUGUGUGGGCUCCUUCAAAAACUAAAAGUUACACAAAACAAAACGUAAAACUGGAACUUCGUCUACAGGUUGCGGAACCGGUGCGAAUAAUCGUUCGUUCUACAAAGGGGAGAGAAGAAUUAUCGAUGUUUGUAAUUAAAACUACUGAUAGAGAGUGCCAUGCAGCUCUUCUUUGUAAAAA